AUGUUUGCAAACGCACGCUGCACUUGUCGCUCCAAUCACGCGGGACUAGCUUGGCUUUAUUUUUUAUGUGCGUGCGGCGAGGUACGGCGGUUUUAGAAAUGGUUGACACCCGUUAUUGGUCCAGAGAUUUCAUGAUUAACUUCAUAGAAGGGUACAAAGCAAAUCCAUGUUUAUGGAAAAUUCGUUCGAAAGAAUAUACCAAUAAAAAUUUAAAAAAUGAAGUAUACGACAAAUUAGUUAAGCUGUGUAAAAGUAUUUAUCCAGAAGCAAACCGAGAUUUUGUGGUAAAAAAAUUCAGGGCUUGCGAGGACCUUUUCGAAAAGAGGUCAAAAAGGUAGAAGAGUCAAAAAGAAGUGGUGCUUCUGCUGACGACGUCUACAUAUCUUCAUUGUGGUAUUAUGAUUUGUUACUCUUUACGAAGGAUCAGGAAAUGCCGACUAACAGUAUAAAUAAUAUUGAAGAAAAUGAAAUUGAAGGGCAAAUUUUGGAGCAGGAAUUACCAGAAUAUCCUCGACCUACAGAAAGUACUGGAUCGCCAUCCACAAGUACAUUAAAGAAAAAAGAUAAUUGUCAAAGAGCAAAUAAGAGAAAAGUACAUGUUUCCACUGAAAGCAAGGAAUUUGUUGAUUUUUGCAAAACAGCAUUGGGCUCUCAACCAAGUAUGCCUAUUACCGAAUUUGACGCUGUCGGAAUUAGCGUUGCCAAGAAAUUGCAGAGAAUGCAACCAACUCGAGCAAUAUACGCGGAGAGUAUUAUUAAUCAAGUACUAACAAAGGGUUUGUUGGGUACUUUAUCACAAGAAACUAAUAUAUCUGAUGGAUUUAAACCACCUUUCUCGACAGACUGCAGCAGUAACGUCUCACGUCCAGCAAGUUCAUGUUCUUACACACCUGUAGAGGUUUGUCAUUCCUGGCAGACGCAGUAUUCACACCACACAGCAACUGCAGUUGCAGAUAAUAAUUCCCAGGAUUCUACUGCUGCAUUAUUUUAUGAGAACUCUUCUGAUUUUAUA